AUGGGAAUUCAUCAACUUAUGUAAUUUCUAAAAGAAAAAGCACCAAAUUGUUUUAGAACUUUGAUGCUUGACUAUUUUGCAGGAAGGUAUUAGUAUUAUUUAACAUAUAGAACAAUCGGUUGUGAUGCAUCUAUGGCUAUGUAUUAAUUUUUAAUUUAAACACAAUCUGCAGGAUAAACAUAAAUUAUAGAGUUAACAGAUAAAGAUGGUAAUAGAACUGGACAUUUGGUUGGGUUAUUUAAUAGAACAUUGUAAUUUCUUGAAAAUGGUAUUAAACCUGUUUGGGUAUUUGAUGGAAAGCCUCCUUAAUUAAAAAGUGGUGAAUUAGCAAGAAGAAAGAAAUUAAAAGAAGAGGCUUAAGUUAAAACUGAGUUGGCUCUUGAAAAAGGUGAUAUGCAAUAGGCUUUGCUUUAAAAUCAAAGAACAACUACAAUCACUAGUAUAAUGAAAGAUGAUGCAAUUAAAAUGUUAAAAUUACUGGGUUGCCCUAUCAUAAUAGCACCAUGUGAAGCAGAAGCUUAAUGUGCUGAAUUAUGUAGAGCNGGGGACCACAUACUCAUAAGGGAUAAUCCAAUUCUCUUGGAAGACCUAGGGGUAAUUUCACUUUGAAUUUUUAUAGGAUCAUACUAACCUGAUUCUACUAUGUUCAGAUUGAAAAAUA